UACUAAACUAUAUGUACAGAAAUAACUAACAUAAAGUUGUAGCUAGCUAGCUCACGUUGAUUUGUAGCCGCAAAUGAUGCGACUGUAGUGUAACUGUAAGCUGUCGUGUGGGUAUGCCAAGCCAGAGAAAAUGGGAAUGAUGAAGGUUCAGUCCUCUGCACACAGUCUGGCCAGGAUGCUCCAGCACACAAGGCUUGUCCAGCUCAGUCUGGGUACGAUGGCAUCUACCUCACCCUGUUGCCAGUACCAUCACUUUGUGAUGGGAGACANGUGGUCAGCUGUUGUCAAGAUGUCUCAGGAUGUCACAGUUUUUCCACAAACGAGGGCUUCUAACAGUACCAUCUGACCGGCAAAGAUCAUGCUUAAUGAGACGUGUGCCUGAAGAAAUCCAUUCAGUUAACUUGAAACUGUCAAAGAACCAAAAGGUAGCCUGGUCACCUGGCAUUUUGCCAGUGCGCUCCAUGCAUCCCUCAGGUCCUAGCAAAGAGAGGGUAAUGAAUGUGUUUGACCGUCGAGCUAAGCGAGUGCAGAAGGAUAGGGCUGCAUUAGCAAAGGAUGCUCAUGUGUAUGACUACCUGAAAGAUGAGGUAGCUUUCCGGGUUGCAGAUAGGUUAAAAGACAUAACUAGGAGGUUUGAUGUUGCUCUGGACCUUGGAUGUGGAAGGGGUCAUAUAGAAAAACAUAUUUCCAAGAAAGUUGUCCAAAAGCUUUAUAUGACGGACCUGUCCAGGAAUAUGCUGGAGGCAGCCCGCACACCGGAUGGCAUCCAGUGCGUCAAGGUCCAUGCAGAUGAAGAGUUUUUGCCUUUCCGCGAUGACUCACUGGAUCUUGUAGUCAGCAGUCUGAGCCUUCACUGGGUGAACGAUCUUCCAGGUGCAUUACGUCAGGUACUGCAGGCACUUAGGAGUGACGGUGUUUUCAUCGGUUCCAUCUUCGGAGGGGAUACUUUGUUUGAGCUGCGAUGUUCCCUCCAGCUUGCAGAGCAAGAGAGAGAGGGGGGCUUUGCUCCACACAUCUCCCCGUUCACAGACAUGCAAGAUCUUGGUAAUCUACUGACAAGAGCUGGGUUCAGCAUGCUGACAAUCGACAUUGACGAGAUUACGGUGAACUACCCAUCCAUGUUGGAACUGAUGCAAGAUCUGAAGGGAAUGGGGGAGAGCAAUGCAUCAUGGUCUAGGAAGAGUGUCCUUCACCGUGGCACUCAAGCGGCAGCUGCCGCCAUCUACAAAGACAUGUACGGUAAUGAGGAUGGCUCGGUACCAGCAACGUUUCAGAUCCUCUACAUGAUAGGCUGGAAGCCACAUGCAUCUCAGCCCAAGCCAGCGAAACGAGGCUCGGCGACUGUAUCUCUCAAGGAUUUGGAUAAGCUUUCCAAAACCGGUAGGCCGACAUGAGGAAGCUUAUACCCAGCCAAAC